AUGGCAGACGAAAAUACAAUUAAUGUCGUACUGAAAGUUGUACGUAAGGCAAAUCGAACAAAAUAUGAUACAUACAGUCAACAAAAUGUAGAAAUGUUUGACAAUGUCGAUGAAUUGAAAGAGUUUUUGUUGCGCAAUUUUUCUGUGGAACUAUCACCUGCUACGACGACAAGCUCAUUCAAUCUUGGGUAUAUUGCUGGAACAAAUAGGCAGGUGGUGAUAGCAAACGACAUCAACCUGGCCGAAGCAUAUUCUGUUGCUAAAGCAGGUUGGAUAACACUGUGGGCAGAGGCAAUUGUACCCCCUGCAGUGGCAGCAUCAAGAGGAACCAAACGAAGCCUCUCCCAUGCAACUGAUGACCUGGCAACAAACCCCAGUGGUAAUGGUAUUUACUUAACUUGUACAUCAUUUGAAAAAUGUUGUCUGUCUUACAAUUUCCAGCUAGGUAAAGUUAUACUCAAAUAUAUAUUAGGCUACAGCCUACAGUAGUAAUAAAAUACAAUUCAUAUCCAUAGGAUUAAAUUCUUCUGAAGCGGCAGGUUAUGAAAGUACAUUACAGCGACUCAAAACGAAGCAUAGUUCCAAUUACCCUAAAUUUAAACUUAAGGUUUGGGCUAAAAUGUUGGUAAGUUCUAAUGUAUUACUUGUAUGUCUCUAAGUUACUGCAUGCGGCAUGCUAUAUUCUAAACUUUAUGCUGUUUAACCAGUUGUUUUGUCAGUAAUUUACUCGCCUCGAAAUUGUUUAAUUAUAGACCAACAGCACUCACGACAGCCAUGAUAUGCCGCCAAAAAUACCUUUCUUUACCAGCCUUAAAGUGGGAAAGGUUAGAGGUGAUUCCCCUUCGUCGACUACCCCUGCAACAGUAACGACAGGAGCAAUACUUCCUGGUUCUGAAACAUCGGAAACAGACAUGACAGAGCAAAAGGGUAUAUCAACAUACCAUUUUUGUUGAGAAAUAUUUUUAUAAAUUGUAAGCAAAUUAAUAUAGGGUAUAUUAAUUAACUUCUCGAAAGCCAAAACAAAAUCUUACUGCAAGUGAUUGCAUUUCGUUUAAAAAGUAAUUGGGUCCAGCAUCUCUACUAACGAGCUUGCGGUCCUGUUAGCACAGUGUUCAAGAUGAAAACAGCUUUUGAACAGCGAUUUACUACACAAAACAAUUUUCAUUGCAUUAUAAUUAUGUAGGUUCGUCUCCGUUCAAUGAUUUUGCAACAGCUGAAGGAUUUAAAAAGCCUCGAAGAAACAGGAGUUCUGGACGAAGAGGAAUUUAA